AUGCGGAGAAGUCACCCAUUUCGCUCCUGGCGUCCACUUCGACAGAGCCAUACGCAUAGAUCACGAUUCUACUCAAAUACUGGGUGCUCACACCACCCGCCUCCGUGGAGGCCUGGUUCAGUGCUUGAUGAAUGGGUCGAACGCGAGAUUCGACCUAUAAGUCUACGGCAAUUGACCUUCUUUGGACGCACUUUGACGGAGUCGCGGCUCAUCAGUUCCGCAAAUUACGUGCGAACUGAGCUGCCCACCAGGAUCGCACAUCGGCUACGUGAUAUUCAAAAGCUACCAUACGUCGUCGUAGCGAAUCCGCAUCUCUCUUUGGUCUAUGAGCUCUACUACAAGGCAUUUGAACGGUUUCGCGUUUUACCGGAGAUCAAGACUCUGGAGGACAACGAGAAUUUCUGUGAUAUCUUACGGAAAACACUCAGAGACCAUCUGGUUGUGAUACCGAAACUAGCCAUGGGUGUUCUGGAAUGUCGGGAUCUUGUGGCGCCUGGCGUGAUGGAUUCCUUCAUGAAUGCUCUUCUUCGAUCGAGAAUCUCCCGUCGUGUUAUCGCCGAGCAACAUUUGGCUCUGACCGAAACGUUCAACUCUCCAUGGCACUUUCCAGGCGCUCAGGACCGCACUGAUAUGAAUGCAGACUUUGUCGGAGAGGUCUUUCUCAAAUGCAAUGCGAGAGAAGUCAUCGAACGCUGCGGCAAGCUUGCGCAGGACAUGAUGCGGCAGAGCUCAGGAACGGAUAAAAUUCCUGACAUUGUCGUACAAGGACAUCUUGAUGCGACUUUUCCUUACAUUCUGAGCCAUCUGGAGUAUAUCAUUGGCGAGCUUCUGCGUAAUUCGAUCCAGGCCGUCAGCGAGAAGUUCAAAAAUUCGCCCGAGCGUCCCCCACCUAUCGAAGUGCUCAUCUGCGAAGCGCCCCAGCAUGUAAUUAUGCGAGUGUCAGACCAAGCGGGUGGAAUCCCGCGCGAACUGAUUCCCUACUUGUGGUCUUUUGAUAAGGGUCCUCUGAGCAAAGCGCGCCUCCAAAACCUGAAACAGGUUCCUGCGAUGGCGGCUACAAUGCAGGAACUCUCAGUGUCCAAAGAAAGGAAGCAUGCGGACCGAGAAACGUUCCGAGACGGGUCACUCGACUCCCUGACUUCGCGUCCACCCAAUUUACGCCUGGGGAUUGGCCUUCCAAUGAGCCGAGUCUACGCCGAAUACUGGGCAGGCAGCCUGGAGUUACACAGUUUAGAAGGUUAUGGAGUCGAUGCAUUCCUCCAAAUCUCAAAACUUGGCAAUAAGAACGAGCAGGUCACAACGAGAGCAUCGAUAGAUGCUGUGUGA